AACUACAUAGCCCUGAGAUGCAAAACAGAUGGUAUAUAUCAGUACUACGUCUCAUUUGAGCCCAUCGUUGACUGCUCAUCGAUGCGCUCCAAGAUGGUCCACCAACACAAGCAAGUCCUCGGUGACACACUGGCAUUCGACGGCAUGACCCUCUAUCUGCCUAAGAGACUUGAGAAGGAGGUGCUGUUGGAGAGUAUGCGACACACAGACGGCGUUCCAAUCAUCAUCAGCUUCAAAUUGGUUAAAAUAGUAGAGCCAUAUGAAUGCAUACAUCUCUACAACAUUAUCUUCAAAAAGAUUAUGCGUGCCUUGAAUAUGUGUGUCAUAGGAAGGAAUUAUUACAUGCCAUCUGGUGCUCAGAAGAUUCCGAAAGAGAAGCUGGAGGUUUGGCCUGGCUACGUGACCUCGUGUGCAGAGUAUCAGGGUGGUGUCAUGCUGCUGGCCGAUGUAUCGCACAGAGUUCUUAGGACUCAAACUGCCUACGAACUCAUGGAGGAGAUAAUGUGUAGUCACCAGCAGACGUGUCAAGACGACAUCAGUAAGCUGUUGGUGGGAAACGUCGUACUAACGCGUUACAAUAACAAGUGCUACAGGGUUGAUGACAUCAACUGGAAUAAGACUCCCAGGUCUACUUUUAGCCUCUACAAUGGCGAGACGCUGACCUUUGCCGAGUAUUAUAAGAGAAUGUAUGACAUAACAAUCCAAUGCAUGGACCAGCCAUUACUACUCUCUGCGCCCAAGAAGAAGCAAAUUAAACAGGCUGAGCCUGGCAAAGAUGUUGAAUACAUCUGCCUCGUUCCAGAGCUCUCCUACAUUACAGGCUUGACGGACACCAUGAGAGCUGACAACAGAGUCAUGAGAGAGUUGGCUUCCCACACAAGGUUGAAUCCCACUCAGAGGAGGGAUGCACUGAGAACCUAUUGUACUAGAGUUAAUGAGGUGCCAGAAGCAAGAAGAGAAUUGGAAAGAUGGGGCUUUGAAUUGGAUCGAGAUCUUAUGCAAUUGGAGGGGAGGUUGCUACCAAUAGAGACCAUACGAUUCAGAGGGAAUGCCUCUGUGAGUGCUGGUCCGGAAGCUGAUUGGUCGAGAGCUGUCACCAAGAAUGAAACCAUUGUGCCUGUGGACCUGAAUGAUUGGUUGAUAUUUGCGACGAAGCGCGAUAUGAGGUGUGCCGAAGCCUUCAUGAGCAUGUACAGACAGUGCAGUAGGGACAUGGGCAUCAGAGUGAGGGAGGGCCAACUGGUCGAACUGCCCAACGACAGGACUGAAAGUUACAUGAGGGAGAUCAGGAAGAAUGUCAAUCAAAGGACUCAACUGGUUGUGACCAUCUUCCCGUUCCAGCGCGAGGACCGCUACAGCGCCAUCAAGCAACUCUGCUGCCACGAUAUGCCCAUUCCGUCGCAGGUCAUCAACUCCAGGACCAUCUCCGACGACCGCAAGCUGAGGAGUGUCACUCAGAAGAUUGCACUCCAGAUCAACUGCAAACUUGGCGGAGAGCUCUGGGCGCUCAACAUUCCUGCCAAAAACUUGAUGGUCUGUGGAGUGGAUGUGACGCACGACCCAGCUCACCACAAGUCAUCUGUCGUCGGCUUCGUCAGCAACAUCAACCAGACCUGCACCAGAUGGUAUUCGAAGGUGCGUAUGCAGCAACCUGGCGAGGAAAUAGUUAACGGCUUGAAGAUCUGCUUCACGGAUGCCCUCAGGAAAUAUUACGAAGUCAAUCAUGAGUUCCCUAGUCGAGUUGUCAUCUACAGGGACGGUGUGGGUGACGGUCAGUUGAGUGUCGUGAGGGACUAUGAGGUCAAACAGCUGAUUGAAUGCUUCGACAGUUUCAAGGACCUCGCGUGCAAGCCCAAGCUCGGCGUCAUCGUCGUCCAGAAGAGAAUUAAUACUAGACUGCUUUCUUUGGAGCCAGACAACCCGAGGCCAGGAACCGUUGUAGACCACACCGUCACGAGGAACAACUGGUACGAUUUCUUCGUAGUGAGCCAGCACAUUCGCCAGGGCACGGUCUCCCCGACCCAUUACGUCGUCGUCUACGACGGUCUCGACUGGAAACCCGACAUAGUUCAAGCCCUGACCUACAAAAUGACUCACCUGUAUUACAAUUGGCCGGGAACUGUCAGGGUACCUGCCCCCUGCCAGUACGCCCAUAAACUCGCCUUCCUGAUUGGCCAGAACGUUAGGAAGAUGCCGGACGAAAGAUUAAACGACAGAUUAUACUAUCUAUAA